UUUUUUCUCCUCUCCUCUCCUUCUUUCCCCUCAAUUUCUUUUUUGACUUGACUCCACCCUUUCUUCAUCUCUCCUUAAUUUAAUCCACCCUCUCUCUUUCAUGUCCUCUCCUUUCUCCUCUCAUUUUUCUUUUUUCCUUUCCUGUAUUUCAUCUUAUUUCUUUUCCUUUUAUCCUUUUAUUUCCUUUUUGUUUCUGCUUUAAUACCACCACUCCUCUCACCUUCCUCAUCUCCUUUAUUGCUUAACUCCUCUCAUUUUCAUCAUUUCUCCUCGUCUCUUUUCUCCCCCUUUGACUCCUCUUUUAAAACACAUCCUCUAAUUUCUAUUAAUUUAUCAAUUUCCCCUCCCUCAUAUCCUCACUUCACCUCCUCUCUCUCCUGCUGUCCUCUUUCCUUUCCCUCUUUUCCUUCCCCUUUAUUGCCUUCUCUCCCUCUUGUCGCUUUUAAUUUCAUCCUUCUCUUGUCCUCUUCAACCCAUGCACCUCUCCUGUAAUUUCAUCCACCUCUCUUUUCGUUUCUUUCCUUCAUUUCCAUUUUUAUUUUUUGUCUCCUUUUGACUUGCGCCCUCCAUCUCUCCUCUCUUAUUACUCCACUCCUCUCCUCUCCUCUCCUCUCCUAGGCGCAUUUUCCCUCUCCCCAUCCAUCCGCGCCCCCGAGGACAAACCGCGCUCCUCGGCACCCCGCCCGGCCGCGCGCUGUCUGUGUGUGUGUGUGUGUGUGUGUGUGUGUGAUGAGGGACCGCGGGGAGGGGGAGCGCGAGUGUAUGUGUGCAGUUUGAGUGUGUCGGGGCGAGAGAGAGAGAGAGAGCAAGAGAGAGAGGGAGAGAGAGUCGAGCAGCGGGGACGGAGCGGCUGAGCGCAGCACCGAGGACAGUUUCUCUCUCUCAGUCUUUCACUCCAACAUCUGAUACUAUGCUUACUGCUCCGAGUGCGGACUGGCACUAGAACAGAAGAAACUGUUCACAUGUGGCUUAAAUCCUCCUCUGUACGACCAGGAUCCAGUUUCUCAACCCAAAGGGCAGCUGAACCCUAACAACCCCAUGAGUUUGGUUUGGCCUGCCAGUGGGUAGGAACUCUAUGUGUAUCAAGAGUUGAAGAAGAAGCACCUGAGACUAGAGGUGAGCUAGCCGCACCAUCCUUAGCUCUACCAAGGCCUCCCCCUCCCACCUCCCUCUUCCUCAGCCUAAACCCAUCAUCCUCUGCCUAACCCCCCACCCCUCCACAUUUCUUGUGGGAACCACACGCCACCAUGUCUCUCUACACCUCUCCCGCCUCCGUCCUCCUCCUCCUCCUCCUCUUCCUCCUCCCACUGCCUCCCUGUCAGUCAGAGUCCCUGCGCAGUGAUCCCAGCGACUACCCUGACCCGAGAGCAGUCUCCCCCUCCAUAUUCCCCUCUUCCUUCCCGCCCUCCAUGUCUUAUGGUAACAACACCACGUCAGGCACCAAAGACAAGUGUGAGGAGGCAACGGUGUGCAGGCAUGGCAUCCUGCUGCCCGUCUGGCAGCCCAACCAGCCCGGCCUCGGCGACCAGGUGGCCAGAGCCGUGGUCUACUUUGUGUCACUCAUGUACAUGUUCCUGGGAGUGUCCAUCAUCGCCGACCGCUUCAUGGCAUCUAUAGAGGUCAUCACAUCGCAGGAGAAGGAGGUGACCAUUACUAUGCCUAACGGGGAAACAUCAGUGGCGACGGUUCGAAUCUGGAAUGAAACUGUGUCCAAUCUGACACUCAUGGCUCUGGGCUCCAGCGCUCCGGAGAUACUGCUGUCUGUUAUAGAGGUGUGCGGUCACAACUUUGAAGCUGGUGAGCUGGGACCAGGAACCAUCGUUGGCAGCGCCGCCUUCAACAUGUUUGUGAUCAUAGGGCUCUGCGUGUGGGUGAUCCCCAACGGUGAGACACGCAAGAUCAAACACCUCAGGGUGUUCUUCAUCACCGCCUUCUGGAGCAUUUUCGCCUACAUCUGGCUCUACCUCAUCCUGUCUGUCAUGUCGCCAGGCGUCGUGGAGGUGUGGGAGGCACUGGUGACCCUCCUGUACUUCCCAGUGUGUGUCAUCCUGGCUUGGAUCGCCGACCGCCGCCUCCUCUUCUACAAGUACAUGGGCAAACGUUACCGUGCUGACAAGCGCCACGGCAUCGUCGUGGAGACCGAGGGAGACUUGACACCCAACAAGGGCGGCAUGGAGAUGAUCAUAGAUGGCAAGUUCCCGCCACGGGGGGGUGCCGUGGUCCCUGCUGAAAACUGCGGGGAUGGCACAGCUGGCACCGCAGCCAAUAACGUUGGUGCGGCAGCGGGGGCCAUGGCAACAGGAGCUGGGGGCAACCUACCCAACUCCAACAGCACGAUGGUCAAUGUGGAGAGCAGCAAGGAGCUGGACGAGAGUCGCAAAGAGGUGAUUCGCAUCCUGAAGGAACUGAAGCAGAAAUAUCCCGACAAAGAGCUGGACCAGCUGGUGGAGCUGGCCAACUACUACGCACUGCUGCACCAACAGAAGAGCAGAGCCUUCUACCGCAUCCAGGCAACUCGUAUGAUGAUUGGAGCCGGUAACGUCCUGAAGAAGCACGCGGCCGACCACGCUCGCCGUACAGCCAUAACUGACGAGGAAGCACCAGAAGACGAUGACAUUGGGACAUGCAGCCGCAUCUCAUUUGAAAGCGCUCACAGUCAGUGCAUGGAGAACUGUGGCGUUCUGACACUGACUGUAGUCUGCCAUGGGGGUCUGGGAGAGAACACCUUCUAUGUGGACUACAGGACAGAGGACGGUUCAGCCAAUGCUGGGUCAGAUUAUGAGUACAGUGAAGGAACGCUGGUGUUCAAACCCGGAGAGACACAUAAAGAGAUCAAGGUCGGUAUCAUCGAUGACGACAUAUUCGAGGAGGAUGAGCACUUCUUCGUGCGCCUGCUGAAUCUGCGUGUCGGUGACGCGGAGGGGAUGUUUGAGAGCGACGAAGCAGGUGCCGCCCCCAAAGCUCGCUUGGUUGAGCCCCUGGUCGCCACGGUGACCAUCCUGGACGACGACCACGCUGGUAUCUUCACGUUCAGUGAGCGCAUGGUGCGGGUGAGCGAGAGCGUGGGCACCAUGGAGAUGACGGUUGUUCGCAACUCAGGUGCUCGCGGCACCGUCAUCCUGCCGUACCACACCGAGUCAGGCACCGCCAAGGCUGGAGAAGACUACGAGGACGCCCGAGGAGAACUUGAGUUCACUAACGACCAGACCACUCAGACCCUCCAGGUGAGGAUAAUCGAUGAUGAAGAAUAUGAAAAACAUGAAAACUUCUUCAUUGUGUUGGAGGAGCCACGCUGGCUUAAGAGAGGAAUCUCAGCCCUGCUGCUCAACCAAGAGGGGGUGGAGGGGCAGAUGAGUGCUGAGGAGGAGGAGGCCCGCAGGAUAGCUGAAAUGGGGAAGCCCAUCCUGGGAGAGCACAGCCGCCUGGAGGUGGUCAUCGAGGAGUCAUAUGAGUUCAAGAGCACCGUUGACAAGCUCAUUAAGAAGACCAACUUGGCGCUGGUGAUUGGCACACACUCCUGGAGGGAGCAGUUUGUGGAGGCGGUCACUGUCAGUGCAGGUGACGGCGAUGAUGAUGAGGAAGGACGUGAGGAGCGCCUUCCAUCUUGUUACGACUACGUCAUGCAUUUCCUCACUGUCUUCUGGAAGGUUCUGUUCGCCUGCGUCCCGCCCACAGAGUACUGGAACGGCUGGGCCUGUUUCUUCGUCUCCAUCAGCGUCAUCGGAAUCCUCACCGCCAUCAUUGGAGAUUUGGCAUCACACUUCGGCUGCACCGUGGGGCUUCGAGACACUGUGACUGCCGUGGUGUUUGUGGCAUUGGGAACUUCUAUUCCAGACACAUUUGCUAGCAAAGUGGCUGCCAUGCAGGACCAGCACGCUGAUGCGUCUGUUGGAAAUGUCACCGGCAGUAACGCUGUCAAUGUGUUCUUGGGGAUCGGAGUGGCCUGGUCAGUGGCCGCCGUCUACUGGAAAAUCAAGGGGAAGGAGUUCAAGGUGGAACCCGGUUCACUGGCCUUCUCUGUCACACUUUUUACCAUCUUCGCUUUCAUCUGCAUGGCUGUGCUCCUGUUCAGACGUCGGCCAUCUAUCGGCGGAGAGCUCGGCGGCCCGAAGGUGCCCCGCCUCCUGACCAGCCUGCUGUUCCUGGGUCUGUGGUUCCUCUACAUCCUUUUCUCCAGCCUGGAGGCCUACUGCCACAUCAAUGGCUUUUAAAAAGGAGAUGGAGAAAGUUCUGGAAGAAUACUGCACAACAACAUACACACACACUUUAGCACUCAGUCCAUACAGUCCACAGUUCGACAUGAAACAACUGUAAGAGUCAUCUGUUUAGUAGGGCUCACCGCAGCCUGGGGGUGUCCCGAUCUUUGAUGCAGGGAUACUAAAAUGCUUUGGAUACAUGGUCACACACACUAUAUGUACACAUAUGUAAACAAAUCACAACAGACACACGCAUGCUCAGUUACAGGCAUGAAAAAGGGCGAGAGGAAGUGUUUGUGAGGGGCGAGAAGUGUGAAUACAAAAGGUUACUGCAGGAAAAUUAUGAGAGAAGAUGGAGAGAGAAGGAGAGUGACUGUGAAAUUUUAGAGGUGAAGAGAGCCACAGCCUCUGGAGAGCUGUUUCAUUUUGUGGCACAGAAAGUUUAUUAUUAAAGUCAGAAGUUUAUAGGUUGGAUCAGAGGAUCAGACCACUGAAAGAGAAGAGCAGGCCUGUUAUUGAGAGGAUGAAACAGAAACUUGCGCGCACCAGAUAAAAUCUGUCCCGUCUGAGUUACACUGAAAAAACCUCUGUCUCCUGCAACAAAACCUGUCCCACCACCCAAUCCCCAUCUCUCCUCUUUAUCACCAACUUUACUGGUACAGCUCCACAUUUCAUACACAGUUGUGCACUGUCUGAAGAAAAGGAGUCGAAUGUUUACAGUAACUAUAACAUUAAGUUUGUUUACUACAGGAGAUUCUUACAAAGUGGUGAUGCUUGUCUCAUACACAGUAUAGAUGAAGGAAGUUCUCCACAUGUGCUGUAAAUAGUAAAAACCUGUGUACAUACUGUAUAGAGUGUAAUGUUUUCAGUAGGCAGAUAGUUAUGCCUACCACUGAGUUGAAGAGGGGGGUAAAAAAAAAAAUCCCCCCAGAAUGUGAAGCUACUUCUGCAUAGAUAGUCAAAUUACAGUGAAAAGAGAAGGUUAAUCUCCAGACAGGUUUCUGCUUCCUCUGUCAGAAAAGCUUCAAUGUUUUUGAACGGAUCCCAAACAUUAGAAAAGUGAAGACAUUUUAAUAAUAACAUGAUGAAUAGAGAUUCAAGUCAUAGCUGACCAAAGAAAUGAAAGAUAAAUUGGUGAAAUAACGGUGUAAAAGUAGUUUUAAAGAGCUAUACUCCCCCAGCAUCAGU